AAGGGCUCCUUAUCACCAUGGUUCCAAUCUCGAGGGAUGAGGAAUUUACGAAAGUGAUAAUAAUAUGGCACAAAGCAGUCGUUAGUCAUCCAGCCAGCAAUAAUCUAAUGAAUACGUUACGAAAAUAACCUUUUAGCAUACAUGCGCUCAGUAAUUAUUUAACAUCGUGCCACAACAGACGACAAAAACGAAACAGAUGAACCUAAAAUCGGGGCUCUUGUUACCAAAGAGAAGUUUGGCUUAAUUAUCGCCUCUGCAUCCCAAACGCAAGAGACAUUGGCUGGUGGAAGUGUUGUCCCGCGUGGGAAAACAGAGAUCAAAGCAACGGUGUAAACAGUGUGAAUGACGAACAGAUCGAUAUUACCAUCGCACGUAUUUGAGGUGAAAAUCAGAACAGCAACGAAAGUUCUGUUUUUUUUUGUUCAACGGGGGUGCGAUAAUUAUCACAUGUUCGUGACGUAAUUUUGCGAAAUUGAUGCAAAUAAAAUAGGCUUCAAACCAAAACAGAUCCAGUCGGUAUCUUGUGCGCCAGUUAUCCUACAUCGACCCUCCGAGAACUUGGUGAGCUGAAAUCAGGCGAAAGUUUGUCUCAAAACAUGAAUCAGAUGCCGUCCAUCAACAGUCAUCCGACAACCAACGGAGUGGCAAAUGGCGCGGGGAAAAACGACAACACACCGAUGGCGAAAAAUUUCCGAGCCGAAAUUAUAAGUGACGACAGUCACGUCGAACCUGAACAGCACGAAUUCACGGAUCCCUUCUGUAAUGCUGAUAAUCCGCAGAUAAUUACCUUCCAAGAUGUUACUUCGGCAGCUUUCAAGAUAAAAAAAGGAAUUGAGUACACCCCAUGUCCGAAAUCACAUCUCUCGGAAAUGGUCGAUAUGGAUAUUUACAUGAAGAAAGAAUUCCUCCAAUUCACCGGCAGCUUCAAGGAGCGCGGAGCCAGAUACGCUCUGAUUAUGUUGUCUGACGAGCAGAAGCAGAAAGGGGUGAUAUCAGCCUCUCUCGGAAAUCACGCCCAGGGCCUCAGCUACCACGGAUGGAAGCUCGGAAUCCCAGUUACGGUUGUUAUGCCGCUGAAAGCGUCGCUUAUGAAGAUACAGAAAUGCCGCGCUUACCACGCCACCGUUGUCGUUCAGGGAUCGGAUAUGGGAGAGGCGAAAAGGAUCGCUUUGAAAAUGGCCCAUGAUACCGGACUGACGUACAUAAACGGUUAUGACCAUCCACACAUCAUGUCAGGUCAGGGUACAAUCGGGCUGGAAAUUGUCGAGCAAGUUAGCAACAUUGAUGCCGUUGUUGUUCCGGUUGGCGGCGGCGGUCUCAUCGCUGGUGUCGCCACUGCCAUAAAAAAUUUAAGCCCUCAAACGAAAAUCAUUGGUGUAGAAUCGGAAAAGUGCCCGAGUUUUACAAAAGCACUGGAAAAUAAUGCGCCAGUCUAUACCCCUAACAGGGAAACGUUGGCCGAUGGUUUGGCGGUACCGCAAGUUGGUUACAAUGCUUUCGCUACUACUGUUCCUCUGCUGGACAAGAUGAUAGUGGUGAAGGAGGAAUGGAUUGCUCUGGCCAUUCUGAGAUUGGUUGAACUGGAGAAAUGUGUUGUCGAGGGAGCUGGUGCAUCUGGAUUAGCUGCCAUUCUCGCCGGCCAUUUAGACGAGUUCAAAGGAAAAAGAGUUGUACUGCUCGUUUGCGGGGGCAACAUUGAUACAACAAUGUUUGGCAGAUGCUUGGAACGUGGAAUGGCUGCCGAAGGUCGGUUGCAAAGAUUUACGGUACAAGUCAGCGAUAGUCCUGGGGGUGUGGCCAAGCUGUGCAACCUGUUGGCACAACUUGGCGUUUCCAUUAAAGAUAUAAUGCAUGAACGUGCUUUUAUCCGGGAUUUACACACUGUCGAGGUCAAAAUUAUCUGUGAGACACGUGACUGGAACCACUCCCAGGAGAUGCGGAAAGCACUGCAGGAGUCUUAUAAUAACGUUUACUUCUAUGAUUAUCCAAUGGCGAUUUGAUGGAUUUGUGUGCGUGUUUACGUUUGCUCAGAGAAUCAACAUAUAGGAUAAAUAUGCGACCUAUGUGCCGCAUCCACACAUCAACUGCUGAAGGGUACGAACCUGACCAGAUCCCUUGGUGUCCUGUGCCGCUCGUUUAUCAUUUUCGGUGUAUGUUGUGUCUCUCAAUGUUUGUUGUUUUAUGUUUAAAUAAACUCGAAUGGUCGACUCGGAAUAAAUUGUUACGUUAUUCUGCCUAGAUAAUAGUAAUGUCAUACGAACAAUGAUUUAGUCUUCACUCUUGUGUACUAUUCUGUUUUCAUCGAAGAAAAAAUAAAAAAAUAUGC